AUGGCAGGGGUGAUAGGAGUGGUAGGAGUGGCAGGGGAGGAAGGAGUGGCAGGGGAGGAAGGAGGAGGAGGAGGUCUUGACUUGCACCGGUCCGUUCUUGCCAGUCUCUCGCUUCACACUUUGCCGUCUCAAACGCAGGUAGGUGUUAGUCCCAACGCUCCUGCUUCGACUCUUUCCUUCUCCUCCGGGUCUUUCCCCCCUCCUCCUCUGGACCUCUGCUGCGCGCCUUCCCUGGGUCUGCCCCGGCUGGAGGGGUCACUCUCCGUCCAAUCCCUGCUCUCUGCAGUUCCCAUGUGGGUCAAUCUGGUCUGGUGUGGGCCAAUGAUGAGCGUAUCAGGCUUAACCAGAAACACUAGCGCAGGCACGCACCUCAAGAUCCUUUCAAUCCCUGCAAGAGCGGUCCAGAUGGCCCGAUCUGGGGGGAAACCUCAACCCACGCUCUACCUACUUUCACAGACUCCAGGAUCUAGAAAACUCCAAGUGGUCCAUCUUGCCAAGGUAAGGUACCUCGAUGCAAGCUUUUUAAAAGAAUCAAAAGACUCGAGAGUCGUGACAUCCUGGACGAACUUCCUUUUGAAAGACUCGUUCGUCGAACGCAAGGACCGAUUGGACAAGAAAACCGCCCGACUCGGCAUCGCAACAACAUCGUUCGAACCAUCCGCCGCGGCGCAUCCCUCGACGCAACCUUCUCUUCCAAAGUUCCUGCAAACUGCGGCAUGUUCGGUCUUACUCAUUGUUUCCUCUGCACCUGUCAGAGCUGCCGUUGGUGUGCACCCUUCGAAGAAAAAAGCAAAAUCGAACCGACCUGCAACUGGAAGAAAACACUUGUACCUCGGUAUCUGGCAUGCCACCCUAAUGCUCAGCUCUGAGGAAGUAUCCCCAAAACUCACGCCAAAGACAUUCGCCGCUUCGACCUGCAAGUUGCCAUUUUCAACUCUUCGCGCUCGUUUCCUGAAUAUUCUGCCAAUGCCUACCUCCGUCCGGCUUGUCUUUGAUAGCAUUCGAGGGACCAUCCCAACGCCAGAUUCAUCAACGCGGACGGCCACUCCCUACUGCUACUUACUACCGCCACCCCAAUCAAGGAGACGGGACGAAUUGAAACGUCACGUUCCUUAA